UUUUCAUUCUCUCCUCCCUUAACUCUCGAGUUCAUCCACUGAUCUAUUCCCGGUUAGAUACUGUAACGUUAUCGAGAGGUAGCCACCAUCAUCAAAUAGCUAGAUAUGGACGAUUUUGACAUGCUCAGCGCACCACAGGCUGCGGCCGGCAAUGGGACGGACGAAGACCCCGCUGCCGCAUUCUUGGCCCAGCAAGAAAGCGAGAUCGCGGGGAUUGAGAACGACGAAGGAUUCAGCAUCCUGGACAGCGGAGAGGUUCCAACGUCGCUAGACAAUAAUCUGACAGGCGAUGCAAACGAUGCAGUGGAUGGUGCUGUUAAUGGGGACAUUCAUGAGGAGAGCAACGGCCCGUCUGAUGCAUACUCAGCCAUCUCCAGUGCCGACCGGCUGCAGGCUGAGCCAGAGAGCCUGCGUAAAUGGAGGGAGGAGCAGAGUGAGAGGCUCGAGGUCCUAGACGCUAACUCUCGUAAGCAGGAGUCUGAGUGGAAGGACAAAGCCAAGGUAGAGCUGGAGGAGUGGCACACUAGACAGGACGAGCAGCUGGAGAAGACUAAAGUGAACAACAGGGUGCUGGAUGAGGAUUUCUACAAACAACCCUUCUCUGACCUGAUUGGUUAUGUCACACACAUUAACCAUCCUUGCUACCGCCUAGACCAAGCGGCCGAGGAGGCCAUGCUGUCGGACAUGGACGAGAACAACCCGGGCACCGAGUGGGAGCGCGUGGCGCGCCUCUGCGACUUCAACCCAAAGUCCAGCAAGCAGGCCAAAGACGUGUCCCGCAUGCGCUCUGUCCUCAUCUCCCUCAAGCAGGCCCCUCUGGUCCGCUAACCCCAACCCUCUUCUCUCUCUGUUAGACGUCUCAAUUCAGUUCCUAACCCCUCCCCCUGGGCUCUAACCAUUCAGUGUUUGAAUAUCUGAAGGCUCUGAAUACGUACUGUAUAAGCAGUGUAGUGGUGGAGCUUCUUACAAUCCACCAUGUUGCUUUCACCUUACAGAUCUGUUAACAUUGAGGGGAAGGGAAUGAAUUGAGACGGCUGUAUCUCUACCCUUUGCUAACCCUCUCUGGACCCAGAUUGCAACCAAACUCUCAUAGGGAAAUGUAUCAUCCCACCUGCCUGACCUGGGGUCGUUCCCUCCCAACCCUCCUACCUGACCUGGGGUCGUUCCCUCCCAACCCUCCUACCUGACCUGGGGUCGUUCCCUCCCAACCCACCUACCCUGACCUGGGGUCGUUCCCUCCCAACCCACCUACCCUGACCUGGGGUCGUUCCCUCCCAACCCACCUACCCUGACCUGGGGUCGUUCCCUCCCAACCCACCUCCCCUGACCUGGGGUCGUUCCCUCCCAACCCACCUACCCUGACCUGGGGUCGUUCCCUCCCAACCCACCUACCUGACCUGGGGUCGUUCCCUCCCAACCCACCUACCUGACCUGGGGUCGUUCCCUCCCAACCCACCUACCUGACCUGGGGUCGUUCCCUCCCAACCCACCUACCUGACCUGGGGUCGUUCCCUCCCAACCCACCUACCUGACCUGGGGUCGUUCCCUCCCAACCCACCUACCUGACCUGGGGUCGUUCCCUCCCAACCCACCUACCUGACCUGGGGUCGUUCCCUCCCAACCCACCUACCUGACCUGGGGUCGUUCCCUCCCAACCCACCUACCUGACCUGGGGUCGUUCCCUCCCAACCCACCUACCUGACCUGGGGUAAUUUCCCACUUACCCAACCCACCUACCUGACCUGGGGUAAUUUCCCACUUACCCAACCCACCUACCUGACCUGGGGUAAUUUCCCACUUACCCAACCCACCUACCUGACCUGGGGUAAUUUCCCACUUACCCAACCCACCUACCUGACCUGGGGUAAUUUCCCACUUACCCAACCCACCUACCUGACCUGGGGUAAUUUCCCACUUACCCAACCCACCUACCUGACCUGGGGUAAUUUCCCACUUACCCAACCCACCUACCUGACCUGGGGUAAUUUCCCACUUACCCAACCCACCUACCUGACCUGGGGUAAUUUCCCACUUACCCAACCCACCUACCUGACCUGGGGUAAUUUCCCACUUACCCAACCCACCUACCUGACCUGGGGUAAUUUCCCACUUACCCAACCCACCUACCUGACUUGGGGUUCAUUUCCCACCUACCUGACCUGGGGUCGUUGUUGUACAUGGAUUGAUGAUAUUCCUCUCUUCCAUCUUCCUUUCCGUCAUCAUUAAAGAACAAAAUAAGUAUACUUUUUUGUUUCUAUUCUUUUAAGGACCAAACUCUGUUUAUUAAGUGUGUUGUUGGAAACCAUUUUAGAACCAGCUUGUGGCAUUUGUGACUAUUUCAAUCUAUGCAUUUUUUCCCCAUUUAAACCGCGAAUCAAGCACCGGUAAAUAUACGUGAUCUAUAUGUGUGUGUAAGCAUCAAGGUUGGGGUCAAUUCCAUUUGAAAUUCCAGUUAAUUCAGAAAGUACACAAUUCCACAUCAAAUUUUCGAUAGUUGAAAAGCAUUGACGAGAAUUGGAAUUUCAGUGUACUUCCUGAAUUGAAAUGGAAUUGCCCCCAACCCUGGUAAACAUCAUGUACUCUAUAUGUGUGUACAUAUACAGGCAAUAUACAAAACGUUAAUGUCAUAAACAGAGUAGAAUUGUGGUUUGAAGAUGAACUGUAGCACCAAGUGUUGCUUUUAAUGUUCACUGUCCAUCGAUUUCAAUAUCAGUAAAACAUGAAUUCAA